CGGGGCCCCGGCGGCGUCGUCGUCGUCGCCCCCGGGCGCAGCGGGAGAUGGUGCGGUUCCUGGUGGAGGCGUGCGGCGCCGACGUCGAGGCCGCCCGCGUCGACCGCGUCACGGGCGCCGGCGAGACGGUGCUGAGCAUGGCGUGCGCCGCCGGCGCCCCCGAGGUGGUUCGGUUCCUGCUCGCCAGCGGCGCCCGCGCGGACCGACGGCUGCCGUCGGCCCGGGGGAUCGGCAGCGGAAGCGGCGGGAGUGGGAGCGGAACAACCGGGGCGGCAGCGGCGGCGGUGACGACGACGCCCCUGUUGACGGGCCGCGGCCAGACGGCGCUGCACGUCGCCGUGCUCGCGGACCGGCCUGAAUGUGUCGAGGUGUUGCUGCGGGAGGGCGGGGCAGACGCCAACGCCGUGUUCGACGCGGCCGGGCCGGACGUGGACACGGCGGGCGGGGGGUUCGGCCUGGAGCGGGGACUGAGGAGCCUCAGGGGCAGGGGCAGGGGUGGGGGAUCGCGGGAGACGAGGAAAGGGGAGAAGGGGGAGAAGGCGCCUAAGCACCCGGUCUCGGCGCUGCAUCUCGCGGCUCAUGCCAGCCCCGAGUGCGCCAGGCUGCUGCUGGAACACGGCGCGAGGGUCGACAUCAGGGACGCGUACGGCCGGACCCCGCUCCACUGGGCAGCCGAGGCGGGCCACGGAGCCGUCGUGCGGCUGCUUGUCGAGGCAGGGGCCAACAUCAAUGCCGCUUCUGAUGACGGCCUCAAGCCGCUCGGUGCCGUGGCCAAGCUGCUCGAGAGCGCCGAUGGGACCCAGGCACACGCUGGGGUUUUGAAAGUAUUGCCGAACGGCCCGUAGCGCGGCCAGGCUCGAAGUACAGCGGACAAGACCUUGGUUGGUUCGGAAAACUAACCUAUGAGGCUCUGAACGAAAGCUGAUGGGGAUGGAAACUAUGCCCUCCAAGAAGUGAGACUCGAAUGACGAG